AUGGAGUCGGCCCACGAGAAGGAGCAUCUAACCAAUGGUCACGAUCAUGGUGUGCUUGAUGGCGACGCUGCAGGCUUGAAGCGCGUGCUGUAUAAGCGCAAGAUUCCGCUCCGAACUCGAAUCGUCUGGCGAAUCGAAGAUUUUGUCGACGACAUCGACUGGAUGCACAUUCUGUGCAAGACCAUUCUGUUCAGCUACUUCUUCUUCGUCUGCUACAUUGCCUGGCAAGUGCUACCUGUCCGUGGUCAUUGGACUCGACCUGGUCAGUUCGACAAAAUCCCGAUCGUCUAUCAGACCUUCGGAAACUACUUCAGCAAGUACGAAGGAUUCGCGCAAUGCGACAUCAAAGCAACGGAUCUCUACCACCCUCCCACUUUCGAUCUUGAGGGGAGCUACUCACAUGGCGGCUACUGCUCAAGACGUGCUGACCUGCUGGAGUCCAUGUCGAACGGUGGUCGUAUAGGGUUCGACGCACCGUACACUGCUGCUGACUGCCACUACCGCUGGUACACCAUCGAUGAGAUCUGCAUGAUCCUCGAGCGCUUCGAUGCUGUAGUCUUUGUCGGCGACUCCUCGCUCCAGAAUAUCUACAAUGGCUUCAACAUUCUACUCCGUCAAGACCUAGCCACCGGCGCACUCAAGUCAUGGGAGAUGGAUGGCAACUUGCUCGAUUCCUGCUACUGCGAUGCUCAGUUCAAUACGCCUGCCUGCGCCGAGCACUUUGUGACAUCCAGUCAUGAAGUCAACGAGAAUACACCUUCAAUUGGAUCGCCAUACACCUGCUCUCGGUUUCCACAUGCCAUGCUGCGCAUUGAAGGUUCUCCAGCAUCAGGCAAGAUAUACGAGCAGUUCAAGAAGUUGGUCCUACGAGUACCGCGCUCGAACUAUAAGCCGGUGCCAGUCGUUCAUUCCUUGGCUCCUGGUGCAUUCUCGCUCGAUCAAGCCUCGAAGUCGCUACACGAAUUCCUCGAUUUGGCGGACGCUUCGAAACGCAAGACUCCAAUGCUGUGGGUUGGACCUACUGCUGCAGGACAUAUCGAGAUCAAGAAUCGGAAGGGUAAUCAGGAGAUUUGGGACUACGACAGAGGUAUGGCUGAAGAUGCGCGGAAGAACGACAUCGAGGUGCUGAAGAUGUGGAACAUGACUGUGCAGGCCUCGAGCUUUGACGGUAUUGGCUUCGGCGAGAAGGUUGCCAUCACUCAGGCUGUGAUGGUCAUCAACUGGCUCAGCCGACUCGAGAGUAGCUGA